GUUAUGGCUUUUAACCCGCAAAUACGUCUCUGAACAAUAAAAUCCUGCCAGACACGGUGACCCCACACGCACACCCCAGGCGGGAGGCAGAGAGAGGGGCGGGGGGUGGCGAGCCUGUGAGAAAAUGGAGGGACCCUCCGGCUCCGCAGAGGAAGGGGAGCUGCCCCUCCUCACUGUCAAGCACGAGCUGAAGAACGCAAAUUUGACAGGCCAUGCAGAGAAGGUGGGCAUCGAAAACUUCGAACUCUUGAAAGUUCUUGGAACAGGAGCUUAUGGAAAAGUAUUUCUAGUGAGGAAAAUAAGUGGUCAUGAUAAUGGAAAGCUGUAUGCCAUGAAAGUAUUGAAAAAAGCAACAAUAAUUCAAAAAGCCAAAACAACAGAGCACACAAGGACAGAACGACAAGUACUGGAACAUAUUAGGCAAUCACCAUUUUUGGUCACAUUGCACUAUGCUUUCCAGACAGACACAAAACUUCAUCUCAUUUUAGGUGAACCAUCUUGCUCUCUUCAUCAGUAUUAUGUGUGGAGCAAAAGUCAUGCAAGUUUGCCAAACUAUAUAAAUGGAGGAGAACUUUUUACUCACCUUUCUCAAAGAGAGAGAUUUACAGAAAAUGACGUGCAGAUAUACAUUGGAGAAAUUGUACUGGCUCUUGAACACCUGCACAAGUUGGGGAUUAUAUAUCGAGAUAUAAAACUUGAAAAUAUUCUACUUGAUUCUAAUGGCCACGUUGUGCUGACAGACUUUGGUCUGAGUAAGGAGUUUCUUACAGAUGAAAAUGAGAGAGCAUAUUCCUUUUGCGGAACUAUAGAAUACAUGGCUCCAGAUAUUGUCAGAGGAGGAGACACCGGACAUGACAAGGCUGUUGAUUGGUGGAGUCUUGGUGUUCUUAUGUAUGAGUUAUUAACUGGAGCAUCACCUUUUACAGUUGAUGGAGAGAAAAAUUCCCAAGCUGAGAUUUCUAGGAGAAUAUUAAAAAGUGAACCUCCGUAUCCCCAAGAAAUGAGUGCUUUAGCUAAAGAUGUAAUUCAGCGUCUUUUGAUGAAAGAUCCCAAGAAAAGGCUGGGCUGUGGUCCAGGUGGUGCUGAUGAAAUCAGACAACAUCCCUUCUUCCAGAAAAUAAACUGGGACGAUUUAGCUGCCAAAAAAAUACCAGCUCCGUUUAAACCAGUAAUCCGGGAUGAGUUGGACGUUAGUAACUUUGCAGAGGAGUUUACAGAAAUGGAUCCCACAUACUCUCCUGCAGCCACACCACAGACUUCAGAGAGAAUAUUUCAGGGAUAUUCUUUUGUUGCUCCUUCUAUCUUGUUUAAACGCAAUGCAGCCACAGUAGAUCCUGUUCAAUUUCAUAUGGGAGUUGAAAGACCUGGAGUUACAACUAUUGCCAGAAGUGCUAUGACGAAGGACUCUCCAUUUUAUCAUCACUAUGAACUGGAUCUGAAAGAGAAACCACUGGGAGAAGGAAGUUUUUCCAUCUGUCGAAAGUGUUUACACAAGAAAACUAGCCAAGAAUAUGCAGUAAAAAUAAUUAGCAAAAGAAUGGAAGCCAACACCCAGAGGGAAAUAACAGCUUUGAAACUCUGUGAAGGACACCCCAAUGUAGUGAAGUUGCAUGAAGUUUAUCAUGAUCAGCUUCACACAUUUCUAGUAAUGGAACUGCUGAAGGGAGGAGAAUUGCUUGAACGCAUUCAGAAAAAGAAACACUUCAGUGAGACAGAAGCCAGUUAUAUCAUGCGCAAACUUGUUUCAGCUGUGAGCCACAUGCAUGAUGUAGGAGUCGUCCAUAGAGAUCUGAAACCUGAGAAUUUAUUGUUCACAGAUGAAAAUGAUAAUUCAGAAAUAAAAAUAAUUGAUUUUGGAUUUGCUCGGUUAAAACCACCUGAUAAUCAGCCUCUUAAGACUCCAUGUUUUACUCUUCAUUAUGCUGCUCCAGAGCUCUUGAAUCACAAUGGUUAUGACGAAUCCUGUGAUCUCUGGAGUUUGGGGGUCAUUUUGUAUACAAUGCUGUCAGGACAGGUACCCUUCCAGUCUCAAGACAAAGGUUUAACAUGCAUCAGUGCAUUGGAAAUUAUGAAGAAAAUUAAAAAGGGAGAAUUCUCCUUUGAAAGAGAAGCCUGGAAGAAUGUAUCUCAAGAAGCCAAAGAUUUGAUACAAGGACUUCUUACAGUGGAUCCAAAUAAAAGAAUUAAAAUGUCCAGCUUGAGAUAUAGUGAAUGGCUUCAAGAUGGGAGCCAGCUGUCAUCCAAUCCUCUAAUGACUCCUGAUAACUUAGGCUCUUCAGGAGCUGCUGUACAUACAUACGUCAAAGCAACCUUUCAUGCCUUUAACAAGUACAAAAGGGAAGGAUUUUGCCUCCAGAAUGUUGACAAGGCACCUCUUGCUAAAAGAAGGAAGAUGAAAAAGACAAGUACAAGCACAGAGACGCGUAGCAGUUCCAGUGAAAGUUCACAUUCUUCCUCCUCUCAUUCUCAUGGUAAAAUUACACCAACAAAAACCCUGCAGCCAACAAAUCCUGCAGACAGCAAUAACCCAGAAACCAUCUUCCAGUUCUCUGACUGA